AUGUCUGAGGCACCAAGAGGGACUCGUGGAGGAUUUGGGCGCGGGCGCGGUGAUCGUGGACGCGGUGAUCGUGGUGAUCGUGGGCGUGGGCGUCGUGGUGCCCGUCGUGGACCACGUAAGGAGGAAGAGAAGGAAUGGGUUCCCGUCACUAAACUCGGACGUCUUGUGAAGGACGGGAAGAUUAGAGCGUUAGAGGAAAUCUACCUCUUCUCCCUCAGUAUCAAGGAGCCUCAAAUUAUCGACUUUUUCCUCCCCAACCUCAAGGAUGAAGUAAUGAAGAUUAUGCCUGUUCAAAAGCAGACGCGUGCCGGUCAGCGCACGCGUUUCAAGGCUUUUGUUAUCAUCGGUGACUCUGAUGGGCAUGUCGGUCUCGGUGUCAAGUGUGCCAAGGAAGUUGCAACCGCCAUUCGUGGUGCUAUCAUCGCUGCCAAAUUAAGCAUCAUACCUGUCCGCCGUGGUUACUGGGGCGCUGCCCUCCAAGAGCCUCACACCGUACCGAGCAAAGUUAGCGGCAAGCGCCUCUUGCAACUGGCGGGUGUUCAAGAUGUAUAUACCCAGUCAAAGGGUUCGACUUCGACCAUGGGCAAUUUCUUAAAAGCUACUUAUGUUGCAAUUUCCAGAACGUACAGCUUCCUUUCCCCCGAUCUCUGGCGCGAAAUCCCUCUCUCCAAAAGUCCUUACGAGGAAUUCUCCGACUAUUUACACAACGCUUCUGGGCGAAAGGUUGUUGGAUACUAGAUGGGAUGUCGUGUGCCUCGAUUUCAUUUCAU